GUCAUUAUCACUUCUAUUUAACUAACAGUCUUCAAGUUCAUGAUCUCUAGGACCGUCCUAGUGGACAAGCUUGGAUCUAUUGAUAUUUCCUAUGACUAAUGAAUCAGCCUCAACUUCUUUACCAGCCCCCUUGUACACCGGAUAAGAAGUAUCCGAGCGCAGGGGUAUGACAACAUCAUGCAAUUACUACUAGUAGUAACUACACAAUAACUAACUAUAAACCAAAAGCUCCAGAUGUCCGUAUCUACCUCCUAAUAACCUCGACCUGGUCUUUGCUUUUGUACAUAGCUAUCAUACUACAGAUCCAUCAGUUAACAAGAUCUUAAUCAAACUUUUUGCUUUUCCUAUUCCAACCUGAACAAAUCGUGUUUCCCUACUGAGCUACAAAACCGGAUAAUAUUCAUAAAAUGGCAGAGCCAACCCAGACCGACGAUGUAAAACCUCCCACCUCAAUCAGCCUCCGCCCGCCCUCCAAGUACGUCGCCGACCCCUCCCAACCCCCCACCACCACCACCGGCGAAGUCUUCAUCUCCCCACCCCUGGAAUGGCUCUGGCGCACCUGGGCCGUCACCCACUCCACCCUCUCGAUGUGGCGCUCCGCGCGCAACGUCCGCAUAACCUACAAGCCGUACAAGCCAGACGUCAAGCCCGUCGCCAACGACAACCUAGUCGAGUACGAGAAGAAGAGCGGCAAGGGCGGCGUCAAGCGCGUCGAGGGCAUCGAGAGGCCCGAUGCCAAGAUCCCUGCCGCCUGGAUGUGGCGCGGGAAGGGCUUGCUGGUUAUUGCGAGCAGUCACUGGGAGGUCUUGGGGUGGGGCGAGCGGCCGCUGGUGGGGAAUGCGGGUGAGGGUGUCGAGCGCUGGGCUGUGACCUGGUUCGCACCUACGCUGUUUACGCAGGAGGGCGUGGAUAUUUACUCUGAUCGCAAAGAAGGGCUGAGCAAAGAGACUGCGGAUGAAAUUAUAACGGCACUAAAGAGUCUGAAGGAUGCGCCGAAGGUUGUGGAGCUGGUUGAGAAGCUGAUGCAGGAUGUAGAUAUUAGUUUGCCUUGGAAAGAGGGGGCAUAGUGGUGGUCGAUCGGUCGGUCACGUAAAUAGCAGCAAGCAAGCAAGCAUGCCGUGGAGAGAAUGAUACCCAUAGAGAUAUACAGAAGUCAACAGAGGACAAGAAGUAGUAGUAGUA